GCCGACUCAAGUCUGUUCAGGACUCGUGGGAGGACAGUGAGGUGGAGUUAAUGGCUGCAAUGGGAAACAAUGCUGCCAAAGCCAAAUAUGAGCAGAAGGUUCCUGCUUUUUACUACAGACCAACACACACAGACUGCAAGCUGCUGAGGGAGCAGUGGAUCAGAGCCAAAUAUGAGAGGAACGACUUUGAGUUUAUCGAGAAGCAGGAGUCGUGCUCGGCAGGGUAUAGAGAGGGGUUUCUAUGGAAACGAGGACGUGACAACGGCCAGUUCUUCAGCCGAAAGUUUGUUCUGUCUGAGCGAGAGGGGGCCCUGAAAUACUUCAACAAGCAGGAUGCCAGGGAUCCGAAGGCAACAAUGAAAAUCGAAACGCUAAAUGCAACUUUCCAGCCAGCCAAGAUCGGUAAUCCCUGCGGCCUGCAGAUCACCUACCUGAAAGACAACAGCACAAGGAACAUCUUUGUCUACCACAGUGAUGCUAAGGAGAUGGUGGACUGGUUCAACUCCAUCAGAGCAGCCAGGUUUCACUACCUCCAGGUGGCCUUUCCAGGGGCCAAUGAUGAAGAGCUGGUACCCAAGCUGACUCGAAACUUUAUGAAAGAAGGUUUCAUGGAGAAAACUGGUCCAAAGCACACAGAGGGCUUCAAGAAGAGGUGGUUUACCAUGGAUGACAGGCGGCUCAUGUAUUUCAAAGAUCCUCUGGACGCUUACGCUCGAGGUGAGGUGUUCAUCGGCAGCAAGGAGAACAGCUACACUGUCCUGGCUGGCCUGCCCCCGUCCACUCAGGGCUACCACUGGAACCACGGUAUCACCAUCAUCACACCAGACAGGAAGUUCCUGUUUGCCUGCGAGACAGAGGCGGAGCAACGGGACUGGAUAGCUGCUUUCCAAAGAGUCAUCAACCGACCAAUGAGACCACAAGAAUAUGCAGUGGAAGCCCAUUUUAAACACAAGCCUUGAAGCUGCAGGACGUCAGAACUCAACAGAACCCUGGAUCAUUGUGGUCAGGGACAGCCUCUGCACCACGCCACUCACCAGGCCUCAGCAGGGUUGAGUUAGGGUCAGAUGAUUUAGAGCGGGGCAAGAUAAAAAAACAAGACAAGUAAAAAUAGUAGAAGGAUUUUAUUCUGUCUUUGUGGAGAAAAGGUCACAUGGUAAAUGAUGUCA